AUGGAAAAUAAAACAAUUCUAGAAGAACUUCUUUUAAAGAAAUCACAACAGAAGAAAAAAAUAUCAUCAAUUAAUUACAAGAAAAGGUUGUUUGUUAUGAUGAAAGCAAACCUUUAUUAUUAUGAAUACGACAAAGGGAAAAAAGGAAGCAAAAGGGGGUCAAUUGAGAUUGAGAAAAUCCGAUGUGUUGAGACAGUGAAUCUUGAGGAAUCAACACCUCCUGCAAGACGAUGUCCUUUUCAGGUUAGCCAUGAAAUCUGUUUCAUUUACAUUUCAUGUGAAAUAUGCCAGUCAUCCUAAGAAAAAUACCUCUCAAAGGAAAUUAAAGACAAUUUUGAUUUACUAAACAAGUACCAUAAAGGAUUCUUCAUCAACGGGAAAUUUCUCUGUUGCAAUCAGACCUGUAAAGCAGCCUCUGAAUGUACGAUUUGGGAGAAAUCUGUGACUCUGUGUUGCACAACUGGGUCUGUGAAACCACUGCCUCCAGUCCCUCAAACGCUGUGGAAACAUAGAAGCCUGCUUCAGGUGCUAUCCCCAGACAAGUUGGUCCUGAAAAUGCCUGUGGCCCAAUGCAACUAUGAACCCAAAGGAAAUUCAGCUAUCCGGCUUGUCAGAAGCAAUAAAUACUAUGUAUUGCAAGAGGAAGAUUCUGACUGGUGGAAGGUAAGGGAUUUGGAAGGGAAUGAAGGUUUCGUACCGAGCACUUACUUGAGAAAGUUAUCUCUGAAUGUGGAUGAGCCAAGGGGAAACUCCAGUGUCAGUGAACAGACGUUGGCAGAAGAGCAGAGUAUUGCUAAGCAUGAUAUCUCUUGUGCCCAGUCUGAGCAGCUGCUCUGUCAGAAGGGGAAAGAAGGUGCUUUUAUGGUUCAGAAAUCUAGCCAAGCAGCAGCGUAUACUGUGUCUGUGUUCAGCAAGGUUCCUGAAAGUAAAAAAGGAACAGUCAAACAUUACCAUGUGCACAAAACCCCUGAGAACAAGUAUUACCUUGCUGAAAAUUACUGUUUUGAAUCAAUUCUCGAGUUUAUACGCUACCAUCAGCACAACUCGGCGGGUAAGGUGACAAGGUGCCAGCAUGCAGUGUCUACGCAAGUAAAUAAAGUCCCAUCCACAGCUUCAUUAGGAAAUGGAAUCUGGGAGCUGAAAUGAGAAGAAAUUGUUCUGUUGAGAGAGCUAGGGAGUGGUCAGUUUGGAGUGGUGCAUCUAAGAAAGUGGAAGGGACAAUAUGAUGUGGCCAUAAAGAUGAUUAAAGAGGGAGCAAUGCCAGCAGAUGAAUACAUAGAAAAAGCUUAGACCAUGAUGAAAUUUAAUCGUCCCAAACUUGUUAGACUGUACGGUGUAUGCUCAAAAUCAUACCCCAUCUAUCUAGUGACGGAAUACAUGCCUAAUGGCUUUUUAGUUAGCUGCUUAAGGAGUCAUGGGAAGGAACUACAACCCCUUCAGCUUCUGGAAAUAUGUUAUGAUGUUUGUGAUGCUAUGGCAUUUCUGGAGAGCUGUCAGUUCAUACACAGAGAUUUGGCUGCCAGGAACUGUUUGGUUGACAGUAAUCUUACUGUGAAAGUAUCUGACUUUGGGAUGACUAGGUAA